AUGGACCCGCUAUUCAACAGUACGGGGGCGCCUAUCUGGACCACCAGCAGCCCCAACGACACCCACAACGGGACCGAGUACUGGAACCAGUUCGUACAGCCGGUGUGGAGGAUCGUGCUGUGGGCUAUAGCGUACAGCUGUAUUGUCAUAGUCUCCGUGGUCGGUAACGUAACGGUGAUUUGGAUUAUCAUGGCACACAAGCGCAUGAGGACUGUCACCAACUAUUUCCUCUUGAAUCUGGCGUUUGCCGAAGCCUCGAUGUCAGCUUUCAACACCGUUAUCAACUUUACUUACGCCGUGCACAACGAGUGGUACUUCGGGCUCGUGUACUGUCGCUUCCACAACUUCUUUCCCAUCGCUGCGGUCUUCGCCAGCAUCUACUCCAUGACAGCCAUCGCCUUGGACAGGUACAUGGCCAUCAUCCACCCCCUACAGCAGCGCAUGUCAUCCACGGAGACCAAGGUGGUGGUGGCGGUGAUCUGGGUCCUGGCUCUGCUCCUGGCCUUUCCGCAGUACUACUACUCCAACACUGACCAGCUGCCCGGCCGAGUGGUCUGCUACAUCGACUGGCCCGAGUACACCUCCUGUGACUUCAAAAAGAUGUACUACGUGUGUGUGGCUAUCCUGAUCUACUUCCUGCCUCUGCUGGUGAUGGGCUGUGCUUAUCUGGUGGUGGGUCUGUCUCUGUGGGCAAGCGAGAUCCCAGGAGACUGCUCAGACCGCUACAAGGAGCAGCUGACCGCCAAGCGCAAGGUGGUGAAGAUGAUGAUCGUAGUGGUGUGCACGUUUGCGAUCUGCUGGUUGCCGUACCACGUGUAUUUUCUGUUGCACCAGUUCUUUCCGGACAUGUUUGAGGAGCGCUACAUCCAGCAAGUGUAUCUGUUCAUCAUGUGGCUGGCCAUGAGCUCCACCAUGUACAACCCCAUCAUCUACUGCUGCCUCAAUGACAGGUUCCGAGCUGGUUUCAAACAGGCUUUUCGCUGCUGCCCGUGCGUCCCUCGCGGCUCCUACGAGGGUCUGGAACUCAAGUCCACCAGGUACCUCCAAACCCAAACCAGUGUCUACAAAGCCAGCCGUAUGGAGACCAGCGUGUCCACCGUCCUCCAGGUAGGGGACGACGGGGACACGGCCAAGCCCAAAAGCGUCACUGCCUCUGGGCCAGCUCUCCUCAGCUCCUCCCUGGACCUCACCUCCAAUGGAUCGUUGUCCCGGAGCAUGUCCAAAACUGUAUCGGAGGCCUCCAGCUUCUACUCGAAUAACAAUCUUCAUGACUAG